AUGUCAAAAGACAAUGCCAUUAGUGCUCAACAACAACAGCAGCAGCAAAGAAUAAUGGCAGAAGAAGAAGAUAAGCGAGGUUACUAUGACUAUGAUAUACAUCAGCAGCCAAAGAAUGGCAAUGGUAGAAGCGAGAAGGAUCAAAAGGUGGGCGAGUUUGCCAAUGUCAGCAACAAUGAGGCGCUUUCGAAAUCGGCUCCGUCCAAUUCUUGGAUGGAUAAUGAUCCAUUGAAACAAUCACAAAAACAAGCAAAUCCAGGCACAGCUACUCCAACAGCAUCAGCAUCCACUUCGAGACACAGACGGGGCGUUUCCUCAUCAGACAUUAAAGGCCCUGCUUCCAACGUGGAGUCUAUGAUUCGACGUUUCUCAUUCAAUGAGCAAGAUCCACCUGCUGCUACCAAUGAAGCCAACAAUCGCGUGAACAGCACCACCAACCAUGGCAAGCAGCCAGAAAACAAAAGAUCCAAAGCCAACUACAAUGACUAUCAGCCAGACCUUUACGAUCAUCCGCCACCUCACCAUCAACACCCCUUCCCAUCAAAGCAACAACAACAACAACAACAACAACCCUAUUACGGUCGUCGUGGUAAUGGAAACAAGGGCGGCCCUUACUUUCAGGACAACUAUGCGCCUUCGAUACGAUACCAUCUUCCACCUCCUCCACCUCCUCCUGGACCACCCAUGCGUUUAGAUCAACUGUCGAUACAAGAUAUUUAUGCUAUCAUUGAAGAGAAUCGAGCACUACAUAUGGAGAAACUGGACUUGCAACGUCGUCUUCGACAUGUCACUGCACGAGCAAACUACUUGGAAGAGCUCAAAAGUGGGAAUUCGCCUGACGAGUAUCCUUUAUCCAGUGAUGUAACAAAGCCAUAUGGUAGCGGUAAAAGACACCUUUAUUACAAACGCAGAUCUAACACUAAUAAAGGACAUCAACAACACAACAACGGUCUUGCUCAUGAUGAAGAUGUUACUCCUCACAAUGGUGGUGGUACACCCACAGCAGAACAUUACGCACCCCAAUCACCUGAUAUUUACCACCACUCCGAGAGUAACAAUAACAAUAACAAAGAAAGAAGAAGCUCAUUUGAUGACUAUUCACCUCAUCAGCAGCAACAUCGUCAUCAUCGCUCCUCUGAGAGGAAGUUCUAUCAUGCUCCCUAUGAAUUGAUGGACAAUGGCCCGUACUGUAUAGUGCCUCCACCUCCUCCGCCUCCACCCAUGCCGCCUUACAUGCUCGACACAGCUGCUCGAGGUGGUGGCUACGACCGAAUGAUGUAUAUGAGACAAUUCUAUGACGACUCACCGUACAAUCGAGCAUUUUCAGAUGAAGAGGAAGAUGAAGAUGAUCUAGACUUUCGACAUCCAGAUGGCACUUCGGCAGCAGCGGCAGCGGCAGUGGCAGCAGCUGCUAUGGAAGAUGAAGCGAUGGCUGCUGCAAUGAAUGGCUUUUAUUCAAAUCAACGGUCGAGUGCUGGAAGAUAUGGCCCACCUCCAUCAAUGCACCCAGGGCCUCCUCCACCGCCGCCACCGCCACCAGGUACCUUCCUCUCUGGUCCACCGCCUCCUCCUCCUCCUCCUCCUCCAGGUAUCCCCAUGUAUGGCCGUCAACAAGGCCCACCGCCACCCCCUCCCCCACCUCCACAAGCUUGGAUGAUGAACGAUCUCUCCCCAUACCCAGAAUCGCUGCCGCAUUCAAGAAGGUCAUCCAUGCAUCGUAGCACAAAAUCCAGUAAAUCACACAAGGCCAAUGCUGCCGAUAAUGAGCGUGAUGGCAUGUUCCGGCAAUUAGAUGAAGCUGAUGAUGAAGAAUUCCAAAUGAUGAUGCAUCGUAUGUCUUUGAGCGGACCUCCACCGAUGCCUCCACCGCCUGGUAUGAUGGGAGGGUUACCGCCACCACAGCCUCCCAUGAUGAAUUUGUAUGGUGAUAUGGUACCGCCGCCUCUAGCUCCUUUGGCCCCUCCACCAAACAUGAAAUUCGGCGCAGGGAAUGGCGGUGGAUCAUUGCGAAGGGCGUCUAGUCGUCGCAGUGUAGGUGUGCCACCCGCUAGCAGUAGUCGCUCCUCGUAUAUUGGUAGUAGAUAG